AUAUAUAUAUAUAUAUUUAUAUAUGAAUACUGAUAGCAUUUAGGGUGGCGUCAUAGUUACUAGCCAGAGGUGUUUGAUAGGUUUAGGAAUAACCAAGGAUGGCAGACGAAGCCCUUUUUCAGUUUUUACACAAUGAGGUGAUACAGUAUAUUUACAAGUCAACUGAACAUGGGGAAAUGGUGAGAUCUGAUUUAUUUUUAAUGGUAUUGGAACAUAUGGAAUGUGUGUGUAUAAUAACUAAUUAUGUUGUUUUAUCCUCAUAUCCUUUAGGAAAAUGGGAGAUGCAUUACCAAACUGGAAAAUAUGGGAUUCAGGGUGGGUCUGGGACUAAUAGAAAGGUUUGUUCAAGCGCUAUGUUUGAUUUGUUUAUUGAUUAAUACUAAUCAGAUAAUUAAUGUUGUUGUUUACCACUGUGACCACCUCCAAUUAUUAUAAUAAACACUGACAUCACCAAACACAUUAUCUCCAAGGGUGAUAUUUUCCAACCUGAUCUGUCAAUGAUAAUGGCACAAUCAGGGCCGGCUCUACCCUUUUGGGGCCCCAAGUUAGAUAUGAUUGUGACCCAGACCCCCCCCCUUUUGACAGCUGUGAAUACAUUUAUGUUUUAAGGUGAAUUUCCUGCAAUUCUACAUAUUUUGCCAUGGGGUGGAGAGAAAUGUUAGCAAUUUUAUAACACAUCUCAUGCAAUUCUACUCAUUUUACCAUGGGGCAGUGAAAAAACAUUUGUAGUUUUACAGCCACCUUCCUGCAAUUCUACCCAUUUAGCCAUGGGGUGGAUAUUUUUUUUUCAGUUUAAGAUAAUUUCCUGCAAUUCUACAUGUUUUGCCAUGACUUAUGCCAUGUUAAUGAUAUCUGAGUGAGAGUGACUAAGUGGGGCCCCCUGAAGGUCAGGGCUCCUGGGCACGUGCCCUGCAUGACCGGUCGGUAUUUGGUCAUGAUUACUACAAGUUUAGAUAGCUGGCCUGGGGCCCUGGGUUGGGUGUCCCUUAGCAGCCUGGGGCCCUAAGCGACUGCUUCUGCCUGGAGCCGGCCCUGGGAACAACAUCAUGGUGAACAUACAAUUUUUCUUUAGGUUCACCAAAGACACAGCACGGUUUAAAGAUGAGCUUGAUGUCAUGAAAUUCAUCUGCAAAGACUUCUGGACCAGUGUGUUCAAAAAGCAAAUUGACAACCUAAGAACAAAUCACCAAGUAAGGCUCAAUUUUCCAAUUGCCCUUCAAUCACCACCUCUCAUGGAAAUAUUAUGCAGUCAAAUGUUUUCACUGAAUAUACUGUAAUUUUUCAUGUAGUGUUGAUUUCUGUGGAUUGUUUUUCAGGGUAUUUAUGUUCUGCAGGAUAACAAGUUCCGGUUACUCACUCAGCUCUCUGCUGGUAAACAGUAUUUGGAGCAUGCCCCAAAGGUGAGGAAGCGUAAUGGGGGGGAAAAACUCACUUGUCAAGCACUAUUUAUACCUUUACAAAUUUCACCACAUGAAUGGUUCUCCCUGCCCCUGUCAUUGCAGUAUUUGGCGUUCACGUGUGGCCUGGUUAGAGGAGGGCUUUCCAACCUGGGAGUGAAGAGUAUUGUCACUGCAGAGGUGUCCGUUAUGCCUGCCUGUAAGGAAUACUUUUCUCUUUGGGAGAGCUUGUGAAUUGGGAAACCUAUUAAACAUCUAACCACACAUUCUUCCAUAAACACACUAUCUAUCCAGGGUUGUAAACAGUUUAAUGAAAGUCAGACUUAUUACAGGUAUCCAGAGAUAUAAUGAUUCUCAAGCAUAACCAUGCCCCAACCAUUACUCAACAGUCUAAUACAACCAACCAAAAACAUCAGCCAGCCCAGACCAAAACAGUACUUUGUGUGUGAUGUUGGUAUGUGAAGAGCAAAAUGAUAUUGGGAUAAACAGUACUUUUAUCCUUCUGACAUAUUGUUUAUUUCUACACAGGUAAAUUUCAGGUCAUGAUCCAGAAAAUGUAGCCCCUUCCGGAGGAAGGCGUAUUCACUCCAACCCCACCCAUCCCAGUUUUAUUGCCUUUCUUUAUUGAACAAAAGCUUGAAAUGUCCUGCAUGCAGACAACAGUGUUGUGCCUACAUAACAUAUGUUUUUAUCAAAUGUAUUUGUACUAUUAUUGCUUAUUGUUGAUUAUGAUAAAUGAAUGCAUUAUUGUAACAUAUUUUUCUUUACAUCUGAAAAAUAUUAUUUGCACUGAGUGUUGAUUAAAGACCCA